AUGGCUGCCGACUCGUUGGAGCCUCGACUCGACCGUCGCGGCUCCCUGCUCGAUGGUCGGGAUGCUCAAGUCACACCCGGCUUCGACCCGUCUUUAGACCCCACGAUUAGACAGCUGUUCGAGCAGCAAGCUGAAAUCCAGGCGAAACUAGCCGCCCUACUUCCAGCCAAGUAUCUUCCAAACAGUAAACUCGAGCUGGACAUGCUUCGUCGAAAGCUUAGAGCACUGGAGACCUACGUUAAGAGUCAAAACCUUCCUGGGACCGUUCCCAUAUUAUCUGAUAUCGAAGAGGCCCGCGCCCUGCAGUAUAAAUGCGAGUGCAUCGAGAGUUUCUUAAUAGAUCAAGGGUUGGACCUUCAUGAUGCGCAGUUUCUGCAUGCCUUGAAGCUUUUCGGUCAAGAUGACUCACCACCUGGCUACGAUGCUUGGCUGGAUAAGAACAUCUCAUUUUAUGAUCCCAUCUUCCGGGGAUGGAGGAUGAGGGAGACUAUACCUCUCAUAUCAAGGCGUCAGGCUUCCUUCAAGUGUUGGGAUGACCGAUGCUUAUAUUAUAUAUAUGGCUUUUCUAAUCCCGAAGAACGGGACGAGCAUCUAAAGCAACAUGUCAUCCCUCCGAAGAGGGACUCGGGCCUAUCGGUUGGCACGAUACCACCGAUUGUCUUCCCGGACCAGUCGUCGUCACGACUGUUCAGUACCGAUCACAUAAACCGGAGCUCACCGGCGACGCUACCACGGCUUUCUGUUCCUCCCUCGCUGCCCCCGCUGGCUACUGCCAAUCAACCUAGAGAUCGACGUGAGUCAACAAUUGGCUUUCCCUUUGCAAAUGAGCUGCCUCCUCCUCAACCUAGGGGGUCGGUAGACUCGGAACCGGAUUCUUUGCUGCCGCCCUUAAAACGAAGUAGAGUCGGACACGGACGACUCGAAUCUAUAGGUGAGCUGAGGCUACCACGUGAUGCAGGACCAUGUCUCCGUUGUAAGGUCUAUGCGAAGCCUUGCGAUUCGAAGGACGACUGUGCGUUUUGUUGCGAAUCUGCUGGCUCCGCCAGCGACGAGUUCUGGGGCGUGCUCGGAUGCCAUCGCGGCUCCCUGGUCUCGCUAGCUGAUUACAUGCUACCAGAAGCUCUUUCCCCGAGACAGGUGCACACGCCUGUUACGUCACCUAUGGCAAGACGUCGAAACAUGAACGACUAUCUCGAACGGACCUAUCUCGUAAGCCAGAGCAUGUCGGAAAUGGUAAAGUCGCAUAUGGAUUUCGACGAUGGGUUUUGGUGGACCGAAGAUUUAGCAUCGUUACCAAUGCCUAAUCCCACCUUGGCGACUUAUUCUAAGGAGCCCAAGGAUAAACCGCCACCGGUCUUGAAAGUACUAGCGGCAAGUUGGAAUGCGGAGGGUGUUCCCUUCCAAUUCUGGGAACUGUUUAGACUAACAGGUUUCAUGUCGGAGAGCCGAGAAUUAGAGGCAGUAACUUAUCCUGUGCUAUAUCGUGCAAAGUUACUCUUAAGAGAGAUUUUAUUCUAUGAUUUACAGCAGCCCGAACCGUCGAUACGAACCGAGGUCAACUUAACUAAUGUCACGAAUGCCCAAAAUUCCCCCGACGAUAUAGAUUACGAAGGGCGGAACCGGCUGAUAUACAACUGCAUGAUUCAAUUUUUGCAAUCCUUCGAGAGUACGACUAUGCGAAGAGUCAUCUCUGAUCCUAAAAGCUGGCUAGCUGUUUUCGUUUCGCUUUGUAUUUUUAGCAUCGUGAGGACGAUCUUGGCAGACCUGAUCUCUACGCCAUCAAGGGCUAUUCCCGCGCAAUCGCAAUCAGGGUUCCCCAUGCCCACAGGCGCCACUUCUAUGCACAGCGUCUAUAAGGCGUUGGUAAGUGUAUUUGCUUGGUCUACGCCGAUGAUAAUCGACGACCCGGCUCUCGAGUUGGACACGCACGAUCGCGCGUUAUUCGCUACGACCGUUGCGGCUGUUCGAAAAGAUGAUUGGAUUGCGCUGGGAAUUCGAUCUUCUAGAGACUUCCUCCUGGGACUUGGGAGUGGUUACUUAGAUGGUAGUGCUGGAGGGAGUGCUGGGUUUAAUGGCUUCUUUAGACAACGGACACCCAUUUACCGGCAUGUGUCAUAUCAUCAGCCUUCUGUUGUUGGCCAAGCCGGCGAGCCUCGGAAAUCGGUCAUUCAGUGGCGCCCAAUCGACCCCUGGGCAAAUAGGAACGAGCAGGAAAUGCUACCCGCGACGUAUGCUAUAGAAAAUCCAGAGCCUGGGAGGAGGCAUACGGUAGGAGAGAACCCCGUCUUUUCGCGGGCAAUUGCUAGGGGACUCAGCUCCCCUUCCAAACUUAGAACUUCUUACCAGCGACCGCCGCUUCGGCGCGUGUUCUGUACUAAGUGUAACGAAUACCCCGAGGGUUUCCGUGGCGAGCACGAACUUCGAAGGCAUAACGACGCCAAGCACGCAUCUUUAGUGAAGAGAUGGGUCUGUACCGAGCCGCAGACCGCGAGUCCACAUAACUCUCCACAACCCGUAAUACCACUUUCGAAGUGCAAGGCUUGCGUUACGCAGAAACGAUACGGUGCUUAUUAUAAUGCAGCAGCUCACUUACGGCGGGCUCACUUCCAUCCGCAUAGGAGCGGUAAAGCUAGUGGCGAUUGGCCCCCGAUGACUGUCUUGAAAGAUUGGAUGCGAGAAGUACGGCAGUCCAUCGACGUCAAUGAAAACGAUACAUCUAGCGGGGAAGAGGAUAAUGACGUAAGGAUGAUGGAGGAUUAUACAUUGCCGCGACAAUCUUCUUUCUUGGAAGCUCCUCGGCUUGCGCCCGCGCCGCCUCAAGGACCAUUAUUAGCCCCGUCGAUAGCUCCGUCACUAGACAGCACCGCACACAGCAGUCCUGUUAUACCAAAGGCCGAAGAUAACAGGAAUCGAUGUCCUCACCCGGAUUGUGGCCGGGUGUUCAAAGAUCUAGCAGCGCAUAUGCUGACACAUCAGGAGGAGCGGCCUGAGAAAUGUCCUAUAGAGAGUUGCGAAUACCAUACGAAAGGGUUCGCACGGAAGUACGACAAAAAUAGACACGCUUUAACACACUACAAGGGGACGAUGGUUUGCCCCUUUUGUCCAGGACCUGGCACAGCUUAUGAGAAGGCGUUUAAUAGGGCUGAUGUUUUUAAGCGGCACUUAACGGCGGUACAUAAUGUCGAACAGACUCCCCCUAAUAGUCGAAAGAUGAUCAUCACUGGGAACAGUUCUCGAAACGGCGGGGAUGCUAAGUGUUCUAUCUGCCAGACCCGAUUCUCGACAGCACAGGAGUUCUACGAGCAUUUGGACGACUGUGUUCUAAACGUAAUUGUUCCGACGACGCCGAAGGCGCUGAAGGACCGGGUCUCGACACCUCAGAAGGGCGAUGAUAGGAGCAUCAUUGUGGCUUUGGAGGAUUCCGACGAAAAGAGUAAAAGUGAAGGGAAGGGAUCCGCUGACGUCUCCCCCGGCAGGGCGAUAGAGCCGGCACGAGGGGACAAGAUGGAUUUGGAUUCGGACAGGGAUUAA